CUCACCUUUCUGCAAAUUACAUCAAACGUAAUUGCUAUAAUCACCAUGCAGUCAACCACCGUAUUUUGUUCUUUCCUUCUCUUCUCCUUUCUAGCACUGCAAUAUUCUCCGCUUUGUGCAGCGGCUUCUCAGCCUAACCCAGUACUCGACAUGACCGGAAAGACCGUCCGAGAAGGCAUCGACUAUUACAUCAAGCCAAUCCGACAAGAUUUAGGCCUCGGACUCAACCUAGCUAGCGUCGGAAACUACACAUGUCCACUCAGCGUCGUUCAAAAAGAACCCUACGACGGCGGCAUCCCCAUAACGUUUUUCCCCGUCAAUCCCAAGAAAGGCGUGAUACGUGAGUGGACAGACAUGAACGUUGAAUUUCCCAAAGGCUACUCGUUUGUGGAGGCUUGCCCCGGGUACUCUUUUGUCUGGACACUCGAUCGUUACAAGCCGUUGUCUAGUGAGACCCACUACGUUGUCAACGGCGGCGUCAAAGGAAAUCCUGGCCGGGACACUAUAAAGAACUGGUUUAAGGUUGCGAAAUCUGGUGAAGCUUACCGGUUUGUGUUCUGUCCGUCAGUGUGUGAAUAUUGUGAAGUCAUUUGCAAAAACGUGGGGAUUAUUGUUGUGGAGGAUGGGCAGAGGCGUUUGGCUCUUACAGAUGAUCCUUUGGAGCUCAAGUUUGAGAGAGUUUAAAUUGUUUAUAGUAUUCCAUCUAUAUGAUUCAGCAUUAUCCAAAUAUAUAAGAGCUAAGAAUUGUGUUUGAAAUAAUGCUCAAACUAUUAGAACAAAUAAGAUUUUCUGUCUAAGAUUCUGUUUGGUUUUGUAUUUGUAAGUCUAAAUUAAAUGAGAUUCAUCUUAUUUAAUUAUUUAAAA